CUUCCUCGUUAUUCAGAGGUGUUGACACCCAUUUUUAUGGAAAAUUGAAUUUUAGAAGAGGGAGAAUGUAUGGAUGAAAAAUGAAGCAAUUUUUUAAAUUUAAAUGUGUGAUUAAAUAGAAAACAGAAAAAAAUGGAUUUUGAAAAAGAAUGAGAAUGACCCAGCGUUUCACUGCCUAUCACGACGUUCAGAUUUCUCUCUGUCUCCGCCAAUCUGUCCGACUGUGUUUUGUAUUACUGAGUGUUUGCGUUAGAUCUCUGAGUUUCCGGUCAUCUAUUUAUUUCAUGUUCUAUAUCAAGGCAAGAAUUGACUUUUGAUACGAAGAAUAAAGAAGAAAAUGGCGGUUGGAACGUCCAGAAAAAUAUCAGCAGCCUCAGCAAGGGCUCACACCAGAAAACCAAAGCAAAAGGCUUCCGUUGCAGGAUUUUCAGGGUUGUUCAAGAAAAUUCUACUGGUUUCCUUCAUCGGGCUUUUGGCAUGGGCUUAUCAGGCUACCCGGCCUCCUCCUCCCAAAACAUGUGGCUCGCCAGAUGGACCUCCCAUUACAGCUUCCAGAAUACAACUUAACGAUGGGAGACACUUGGCUUACAAAGAAUAUGGCGUCCCAAAGGAUGAAGUGAAGUAUAAAAUAAUCUUCAUCCAUGGUUUUGAUUGUUGCAGACAUGAUGUUUCUGUUAUAACCUCAAACCUCUCCCCGGAUCUUGUUGAAAGUCAAGGAAUCCGUAUUGUUUCAUUCGACAGAGCUGGUUAUGGGGAAAGUGAUCCUAACCCGAAACAAACAGUUAAGAGUACUGCUUUUGACAUUGAGGAGCUUGCUGAUAAGUUGGGAUUGGGAUCCAAAUUCUAUCUUGUUGGAUUUUCUAUGGGUGGACAGCUGGUAUGGACCUGCCUUAAGUAUAUCCCUCACAGAUUGGCUGGAGCAGCUCUUUUAACACCAGUCGUCAAUUAUUGGUGGCCUGGUUUACCUUCAAACUUGACCAAAGAAGCUUAUGAUCAGCAGCCUCCACAGGAUCAAUGGGCGGUCCGGGUUUCUCACUACAUGCCAUGGCUUACCCACUGGUGGAACACUCAAAAGUUAUUUCCGGGUUCAAGUCUUAUAUAUCACAACCCAGCAAUUAUCUCCAACCCAGACAGAGAACUUAUGCCGAGAAUUCAAUCUAUACGGAAGGAGUAUCGGGCACAGGUGAGACAGCAAGGAGAUUUUGUAUCCCUUCACCGUGAUUUGAUGAUUGGAUUUGGGACCUGGGAAUUUGAUCCUACAGGCCUGGAGAACCCAUUUUCAGAAAGUGAAGGUUCGGUUCACCUAUGGCAGGGAGACGAUGAUAAACUUGUCCUCGUGACACCACAACGUUACAUUGCUCAGAAGCUGCCAUGGAUUCAGUAUCAUGAGCUACCAGGCGCUGGACACAUGUUUCCAUAUGCGGAUGGAAUGGCCGACUUGAUCAUCAAAACACUUUUAGCUGGAUAGACGCGCCUUUUUCGAGUUAUGUCGGGUUUACAUUUCAGCACUUGUUCUGGCGCAUCAGCUCGGGUUUUGUAAUAUCAUAUAUUGACAUUUGAGCUCCUUUUCAUGUUAUAAAAAAUUUUCUUCAAGACAUAAUGUUUCGACUAGAUAUUGUACAAAUACUAAAAUUUUUAUUUUGAAUUAAUCUGUGAUGGAAGUGA